AUGCUCAAUAAAAGGGACCGGAGACCUUUUGCAAUAGUUUUGAGGCUAUUGGGACGGUAUCGAUAUUGCGACUACCAACAUACCUGCCCAGCUAAGAAGAGACCACUAAUGAUGUUUAUAUUACAUGUGGUGAAAGGAACUUAUCGCAGCUACGACGGUGUUAUUAGCUUCGUGUUUGUCAACCGAAUCUGUGAAACUUUCGCUGGAGCACACCAACAAAGAUCGGUAGACUUAAGGUCCGGGUUACUGAGUUCUGCGAAAUAUACAGUCAACACAGUGCGUUGA